CGCGAUUCGUUUCCCGAGAGAAGGACGAACUGUCGGUCACUGGUGCGCGACGUUCAAAACCGAAUCGGAAUCUCCGCGGCUUCCAGCUGAUCCCAACAUUCCCGAAGCGACAUAACCAAAGUGAUCGAUCGCACCAUCGAAGACAGUUUUUACAUGUGAAGGUGUGCGAGAUAACUCAACGGCUCUGGAAAAACACUCUUUGGGAAAGGAAAGUGCAAGCACGUGGGAUCGGGAGGCUUUCGCGUACAUCAUGGACGUUCGCGAGGACAUGGAGUUAGAGACGCUGCUGCGGAACCACGUUGUAGCAAAGAAAUCGGGCGAGAGCUCUCAGGAGGAUGAGGAGAAGAAGGAAGACGAAUAUUUUCAGAAGAUGUAUCAGCACUGGAAGGGCGUGAAGACCAAGGAUGACACCACUUACAAAGUCAUACCAAAAUUCUAUUUUAAGUUACCGAAAGAGGAUGAGAUUCUACCGCAAAAACUGCGCGAAGAAACGCGUGCAUUAUUCUUGCAAAGGCGCUCCCGACAAUUGCUUGACAACAACGAAUUAAAGGCACUUUGGAUCUUAUUGGAUAAACAUCACAGUCCACCUUUAUCGGGGGAUGAACAGUUGAUCAAUUAUGAGGAUUUUAAGAAAGUGGGCAAACUGGCAGGAGCAAAGUGCAGUCCAUACUUUACCGCGGUUGUUUUCGCCAAGCUGCAACAGGGAGACCCACAUGGCAGAAUCAGUUUUAUGGCUCUGUUCAAUUAUGUCAUGCGAAAAGUAUGGCUGCAUCAAACAAGAAUUGGGCUCUCCCUGUAUGACAUCACGGGGCAGGGUUAUCUUAGGGAAUCAGAUUUGGAAAAUUACAUCCUGGAACUGAUACCCACGCUACCGCAACUUGAGGGUCUAGAAAAGUCUUUUCAUUCGUUUUACGUGUGCACGGCAGUUAGAAAGUUCUUGUUCUUCUUGGACCCGCUUCGCACCGGAAGAGUUCGUAUUCAGGAUAUUUUAGCGUGUAGUUUUCUAGAUGAUCUUCUAGAAUUGAGAGACGAGGAUUUGCCAAAGGAUUUACAGGAGGCCAACUGGUUCUCCGCGCCUUCGGCGCUUAAAGUCUAUGGCCAAUACCUCAAUUUAGAUAGAGAUCACAAUGGAAUGCUGAACAAAGAGGAACUCGCUGGAUAUGGCACUGGUACUCUUACCGGCGUCUUCCUCGAUCGCAUCUUUCAGGAGUGUCUGACUUACGAAGGUGAGAUGGAUUACAAAACGUAUCUGGAUUUCGUUUUGGCAUUAGAGAAUCGGCACGAACCGCAGAGCCUUCACUACCUCUUUCGAAUUCUCGAUAUCAACAAUCGCGGUUACUUGGAUACUUUUUGCCUCAACUAUUUUUUUAGGGCUAUACAAGAACAGAUGACGAUGCAUGGCCAAGAACCUGUUAGUUUUGAAGAUGUGAAGGACGAGAUAUUUGACAUGGUGAAGCCAGCAGAUCCGUGCAAAAUUACGCUGCAAGAUUUACUGUCUUGCGGUCAAGGCGACACGAUGGUCAGUAUUUUGAUCGAGUUCCACGGCUUUUGGGCGUACGAAAAUCGCGAAGCUAUGGCGGCUGAUAAUGGCGAUGAGUCAUCCCAUGUAUGACGAAGUACUUCCCAUCCCAGAAUACGAGAUAAACGUCCCACCGGAAUAAAUAGUGGGCGACUGGACGUCAACACUUAACGUGUUUAAUAAUGUGAUAAUGUGAUGACUUGUAAUAAAACUUUUGUAAUUCAUGUGUGCCAGAAGUGGCAGUCACCGCUGUAUGUAUAAUUUUAGAAUUAAUAUAUUCUAUGUUUGUAUUUUUUUUAUAAAACUUCCUAAUUUCGUUGCCACAAAUGCCUAGACUAAGACAUUUUAGCUAUUGUAUGAUAUUGUACUUGUCAAUUUACUCCUGAUUCGACAACACGACCUUUUCGCUCCGCAAUAGUUCCACGAUAAUAUGAACGAUUAUCGCGAUAAAAUUUAAAUUUUUUAAUUCAUAAUUCGUACCGUACGAAGUAUUGUUCCAUGGACCAAUCACGUGACGUGAUUUUAAAUCGUGGGGUCGCACAGUCGCGUCAGUAGCGUACUGUUAAUUGUAAUUGAAGGGCUGUGCUUUAGGGCCCCAAAUUUAAGAGACUUGUUAAAUAAAAGAAUAUAAAUUUUUUUCUAGUAAAAA